GAUGAGAUGCAAUGCGUGUUGGCGUGAAUUGGAAGGCCGGGCCAUCUCGACAACCUGUUGCCACCUUCUCUGCACAGAGGAUGCUAACAAGAUCCUUAGCAAUGAUGGAGCAUGUCCCAUUUGCGAUCAAGUGCUUUCUAAGAGUCAUAUGAAAGUUGUGGAUGUCAAUCCAAAUGACGAAUGGAUAAACAUGGCCAUGACUGGAGUUUCUCCAGAUAUAUUGAUGAAGAGUGCACACAGAAGUGUCAUGUUCUAUAUUGGGCAAAAGGAAUUGGUAAUGCAGCGCAAGUUGAGCAUGGUAGCAGGUCAAUACCGGCAGAAAUGUGAAGCAAUGCAAGAAAAGUUCAUGGAGCAAUUCCAAAAGAUGCAGUCUCAGUGCCAGAAAUGGGCCAAGAAGUGUGAAAUGUUGGAGCAAGAAAAUGAGAACUUGGCCAAGGAUAAGCAGGAGCUCCAGGAGAAAUAUUCUGAGAAAUCCAGACAGAAGAGAAAGUUAGAUGAAAUGUAUGAUCAAUUGAGGAGUGAGUACGAAUCAGUUAAACGAACUGCCAUCCAACCUGCAACCAAUUUCUAUUCGAGAAAUGAACCUGAUCUUUUCUCAAACCAGGCUAACAUUAUGGAUCGCAGAGAGGCUGUUAGAAAAGAUUGGCGCGUUCUUACUCCUGAAACUCCAGGGCCAAAAGAGGAUAUAUGGCCAGCAAGACAGAAUAGUUCAAACUCUGGUGGUCCUUUUGACAUCUCUGUCUCACCGGCAAAACAGCCUGCUAUGCCAGUUGAUGCUGUGAACAGAAGGCCUGCUGCUCACCCCAUGUUUGGAUCUGGAGCUGGCAACCCCUCAUCGACUCUGAGGAACAUUUUAUUCUCCCCAAUAAAGAGGCCUCAGCUCUCCCGUCGUCCUCAAAUGUUCACGUAA